UUCGGCUCAUUCCGCCGUAAGCUCUCGUGUUCAGUGGACGUGUUGUCGUGCCUCCGCGGAGCCGCAAACUUUACACGAGCUGCGAUAAAAUAAAACCCAAGUCUUUUAUUACUACUCUGUAAUCAUUCGCGUUAUAAUCUCGUAUAAGUCUUCAGUGUUAAUAUUUUAUUACAUUAUAACCGUUACAUUUAUUUUUUUAUAAAUUAUAGACUUUAUUUGGACAUUCAGUAAAUUUUGUAAAUAAAAAAGUGACAAUUGAAGUGGACAAGCAAAUCUAGGUUCAGUGGAUUUUUGUUACUGUGAAAUAGUCAGCUGUGGAUUUUAGACACGUUCUUGGAGAACAUUUUCGGUGUUUAUUUUGGCGCAAAGCGGCGUUAGAUACGGAUAUAAACGCAGUGUAAUGUCCGAGUGACGAAUUCAACAUGAUUCGUGAUCCGCCGGCCAUGCACAAACCCGACAACACCAACAGUCAACAAGAAGACAAAUACGCAUUGAGCAGCGGCGUCACCAACCCAGGCAGCACGCGGCUCUGCGCACAAUGCGGGAAGGUCAUCACGGAGCGGUUCCUCCUCAAGGCGAUGGAGCGCUUCUGGCACGAAGACUGUCUCAAGUGCGGCUGCUGCGACUGUCGUCUCGGCGAAGUUGGCUCCAAGUUGUAUUACAAAGCAGACCUGAUGCUUUGUAAAAGGGACUAUCUUAGGUUAUUCGGCGCUACAGGCAACUGUGUGGCGUGCAACAAAGUAAUUCCCGCCUUCGAAAUGGUUAUGCGAGCGAAGAGUUUCGUUUACCACUUGGAAUGCUUCGCUUGUCAACAGUGCAAUCACAGGUUCUGUGUGGGCGACAGAUUCUAUCUGUGCGACAACAAGAUACUUUGCGAGUAUGAUUACGAGGAGAGGCUGGUUUUUGCCAGCAUGGCUGCCAACCCCAGCGGCUUGGCUCACAUCAGACGACAAGUUAGUGGAUUACAGUCGCCGAGCAGUGCUUACGUGGGCGGCGCAGGCUGUGCUGCGGGCGGGCCCGUGGCGCUGGUGGACAAGGACAACGGCGGGUGCGCUGGCGCAGACGAUGCGUCCAGCGGCUACGGCAGCCCGCCCGACCCCGACGUGUGCGACGCUGCGCGAUGACCGAUGAUGCCUCGCCGACUGCUUGCCUCGGUGAAACCUCACUGAGCUUUGGCGGAACAUUGCAAGGCUAGCCAUUUCCGCGUCGGAUAACCCAGACAAAAGAAGAUGAUUCAACAUCAAUAAAUCACCCACAUAACACUGAGUUUUCUUCGAGAUUGUACGAGACACCAAAAAGUUGAACAUUUUAUUUCCUCGAAUAUUCUUAAAGUGUAAAAACAAUUUCAAAGUGCGAUUUUAUUAACGGGUGUUAUUAAAGAGUGGUGAAAAUUUUCAAGAGACUAUUAAAAACGUUAAGCGAUUAUAAAAUGAGUUUAUGCAAAAACGACUAAGUGCAGUAGGUAUUACAUCUAAGUGUUUCGAAGACACUUUAAUAGCGCCGCAGGAGUACAUUAGGCUAGAAGGCGCGCCAUAGAUGAGGCCACUUUACAAAAUGUCCGGGAUGAGUCGCGAUAACGUUGUCAGAACACGAUAUUUCCAUUAUGUAUACGAUUUGAGUCUACAUGUUAAGAUAGCGCGGCCUGGGUAGGACGCUAACCCGCGCCUCGCUUCGCACUGUAUCACAAAAUAAAGUGUGGCCACACUAAUGCGUUCGCACUUGCGUUCACGAUUAUACUAAAUACUUAAGGUUUUUUUUUCGUCACUUAUUGGUAGGACGCAUAACGCAAGCGUAAGGCUAGGUUCAGAUAACAAGAAUCUAUCUAUAUCUAUCAUCAAGAAUAUAUAUAAGAAUCCACUUAUGUCAGCCACUGACGCGUAAGCUCAGUUGCCUGCAGCGAAACAGCCGAUAAAACUGAUCGUCUCUUGGUCCCGAUGUGCAUAACAUCAUGCCGAUCGCGACCAACACACUAUCAGUUUUAUUGGACGUCAAGCCGUUACCGCUGCAGGCAUGUGGGCUUGUCGGAUGGUGAGUGGCUAACAUUACUACUCAUACCAACAUUUUACUACGCGGUGUCGCUGUUUACUUGAAACGGCUUUCUGCAAAAUGCUGAGAAUGUAUUAUCUUAUUUAUUUAGCUUAUAGCAGAGCGUCUUGUGAUUAUUUAUAAGACAUCAUGAUUUGAUAGUGAGUUUCUAAUUGUUUUCUAUCUUUCUCUACCUAAUAGUGUUAAACAGAGACAGGUAGAGACGAAUUUAAAAAUCACACUGUCGAGUGGUAAAAGUAUCGAAUAGUGCUGCAAGAUCUUGAACGCGUCUCCGAACGCAUUAGUGUGAUCUUAGCUUUACAAAGCGCUUACCCAAGCCACCCAGACCAUAUUUACCUUACAAUAGUUAGAAACUUUCGAGUUAUGUACCUAAUUGAAUAUUUCAUAUUUUAGUUAAUUUUGACAUUGUAUAGCACUUGUACAUUAAACUUUCAUACAACGAGUCAGAUGUAAACAAUGAUUUUAUACUAUUAGAUAUAGCACUGUCGAAACUGAGGAUAACAAAGUCACCCAAUUAGAUUAAAUUCGUUUAGUCGCAACAAAAGUUAUUUGAGCAUAAUAUUUAAUAAUGUUACAAUAAUACCUAAAUAUUUUCUAAAAUGCCGAGUUGUGUUUUCAGGUAAUAUAAAAAUUAUAUACAUACAUAAUAUAUAUAUACAUAAAUAUAUUUUACUGCAAACACACAAAUUAUGCAUGUGUGCGCCCAGUGGAGUACUUGUGUUUCGAACACUUUUUGCGGUGUUUUUGUAGGCACAUGACGUAUCUGAUAGUAUAAAAUCAUUGGGUCUAAAGCUGAAAAUAUUAUUUGAUAGUAACGAUCUCAUUGUUAUAAAUUUUUAUGUACUUUAGUGUACCUAAAUAUUGUUAUCAUACAAGGUAUGAACUUUGUGGAUGUAUUUUAUUUUUUAUUUUUCACUUUAUGAAUUGGUUAAAUAAGUACCUAUGUUAAUGUUAUUUUGUACCAAAGAUAGAUCUUUUCGUUCGGAGGUUAUUCUUUAGAUUUCAGAGUUAAGCUACUUGUAUAGAUUAUUAUUUAGCGGUACCAUUGAUUUGGUAUUUUAUAAUGGUGCAAUGGUUGAUAGUUAAGUACCUCUGUAUUAAUGAUGUUAUAUUAAGAUAUUUUGUAAAUUGUAUUUUUUCCUUAUUUUGCCAUAGCUUCAGCGUAUGUUGGUCGCAUAAUAAUAUGUGAAAUUAAUAAUACGUGGUUUCUAAUGUCAGCCACUGACGAUCAAGUAAUCUCACAUGCCUGCAGCGCUAACAGCUUGACAGCCAAUAAAACUGGUUGUGUGUUGGUUGCUAUGUGCUAGACAUCAUGCAGAUCGCGGCCAACACACGAUCAGUUUUGUCGGACGUCAAGCCGUUAGCGCUGCAGGCAUGUGAGAUUACUUGAUCGUCAGUGGCUGACUUAAUGUUUGGCUGCGUUGUUUAAAUAUGUGAGAGAACAUUCAAAGGUUUUAGCUAUAUGCUUAAAUUUUUUAAUAAUAAAUAAACAUAUUGUAAAAUAAAAAAAAUAAUAAAAGAUGUAUUUAUGUAAAAAUUCGAACUGUCGUUAAUUAGAUUUAUUUCUAGGAUAAAAAAUGUUUUCUUCUAACACGUUGUAUCAUAGAAACAACAAAUAAUAAAAUCUCGAAACAUCGACGGAGUUAUUUUUCAUUUUACCGUUAUUAUGUAAAUAAAUAUAUUUAUUUAAUGACUUA